AUGAGACCAAUUCUUAAGAGAAAUUUUCUUGAAGUAGAAAGAAACGAAAGUAACACAAAGAGGGUCACACAGAUCUCAAAUAAAUCAUCGCGUACACUACUGCGUACACUUUCAUACAGCUCUUUUACCGAGAAAGAAGAAGAGGCUUAUAAACUCCUUAAUUCAGUCAUCUUUGAUAGUGAAGUAGUUGAUUAUACCACGAUUAUUAGAACUAAUUUUCCUGAAUUUGAAAACGAAGAAGCUUGUAGGAGAGAUAGAGAAAAGUUGCGAGGUGAAAAUAAUGUUUUUCACUGGCCUAAAUCCCCGUUCUUGCUCUACAUUCUGCUUCAUGGCAUAUAUGCCCAUGCAUCUGAUGGUAAUGAGUGUUUUUCACCGGCCUAA